UUUACUGCUUAAAAUUUGCAGGGAGUGAGGUAGGAGCGCGGUGGACUUUGUGGCAGUUUUCUACUCAAGCUGAAGUUUUAGCCUUGUUGAUCUUGAGUUGGAAGAAGCAGUGCUAUACAGAUAUUUGCAGCAGAAGACGUCCCGGCAGCAUAAUUCAGGUUGACUUGCCUUCUGGAAAGAUGUCUUCCUAUGGACAGAUGCUUAGCUCCCGCUGUUCUGGGCCAUGUGAAGUGACGUGUCCGCAACCAUAUGUCGACUGUUGCAAUGAACCAUGUGUCAGCUCAUGCAGAGAUUCAACAGCAAUCGUGUACGCGCCGCCCGUUGUCGUGACUUUCCCAGGACCCAUUAUCAGCUCAUGCCCUCAAGACAGCAUUGUGGGAACGGCCAUACCUGAAAUUGAGGGAGGGAUGGGCUCUGGAGGUGGAGGAAUGGGCUCUGGAGGUGGAGGAAUGGGCUCCGGAGGUGGAGGGAUGGGCUCUGGAGGUGGAGGAAUGGGCUCCGGAGGUGGAGGAAUGGGCUCUGGAGGUUCCUGUGGUGGAGGCAGCUCUUAUGGGAUGGGCUCCCGUGGUUCAUGCUCUUAUGGUGGCAUGGGAGGGGGCUCAUACGGUGGGGAGAGCUCAUGUGGUGGUGGGAUGUUCCGUUUGGGAAGGUUUUACCGCAACUCGUUUUCUUCAGGAUUUGGUAGAAAUUAUUUCCCUUUUUCCAGCGGGUAUUAUAGGUAUCGCUACGGAAACUAUGGGCCAUUUUAAAUCUUUAAGAAAGAGUAACGACUGAAGAAAGAGCAAGAUACAAACUAGUAGCUGACAUAUAGGCCUGGAAAUCAGACAUGCCAAGCAGCCUCUGCUCCAGCCGAUGUCAGUAGGAGCUGGGGUUGCUCGGGAUCCCGUCGCGCUUUAUCAAAGGCUUACAAUCCCAAUGUUACCUCACUUUGUCGUUUUCUCAUGUUAUGUUUUCUUCUUUCUGAACCUGAAGAGAGUAGAACAAGUAGUAGGACUUGGCUGUGAAAACGUCCAGCUGAAAGACGAACGUCUUUGUGAGCCCUGUGCUCCUCUGAAUGACCGACUGAUUGUGGUCCUUGGCAAAACGGAAAUUGCGUUCUUUGUCUCUGCUUUGCCUCAUUCUGCAAGAAUUUAUUCCUCUUUUUGUUUGUAUUAAAGCCCC